AUGUUUUACGACAAAGAUUUAAUGAAUAGUAAGUCCCUUGGAAAAGUUUGGCGCGCUGCUCAUGAUUUCAAGGAAGAAUCUGAUGAACAAGCAUCUAUGGCGAGUAUUUGCGACAAGCUAGACUUGUGGGUCGAUAGCGAUCACGAAGACGCUAGCAGACGGCUCUCGCUUCGAACGUCGUCGAUAUUCGUCGAUGGCGCAGCUCGGCUGUACAAGCGAAAAAUAGAAUCGCUAUUUGAAGAUACACAAAGAUUGGACCGAGAUAUGUCUAAACGAAGGAGAUAUCGCUGUUCGAUCGAUAGUAAUCAAGACAUGUCGCAAACGUACACAGAUCCCGAAUUCCAUGGAACAAUCGUCAGUGACGUGUCAGAAAUGGAAUCGGGAUCCCAUGGAUUUGACGAAUCAAUUCCAAGUAUAGAACAGCGAAGAAAAAAUCCCCAAUUUGAAGAUGGUCUCAAUUUUCCGAGCACCGAAGAACCAACAAAAUUCGACAAAGAAGUGCAAACUACACCAAAAAGACAAAGGAACCGCAAAAGUAAUUCCCAAGAACUACCAUUCGAUGGUAGUUUUGACAGAAACCUACCAUUCGGCUUCAUUCUCGUCCAUGAUAACUACCAAACGAGAAUCCCUAGCAAAAUUAUAUUCACUUCAAUUACUUCUGAUAUUAACAAAUUGGUUUAA